CAGGGAAGGCAGCUAGCAGAGUCAACCUCGAGCUCGGAAACAAGACCUCUUCGUCUCCGUUCUCCGAUCGUAAAACAACAGCAACUCGAGUCCGUCUCGGUGUCCACCCUAGCUCUACCUGCUGGCGCCUACAAAUACUCCCCCAAUUGACCCUCAAGCCGCCUAUCACCAAAGCAAUCAAUCACACGUACGCUCCAAGCCCCUUCAAAGUAACCCGACUCGACGACCUCGAGCCUUCAGCUAGCGAUCGAAAUCGAUGGCAGCAGAGAGCGGCGCCGCCGAGACGAAGAUGGUCACGCUGAUCAGCCAGGACGGCGAGAGCUUCGAGCUGUCCGAGGCGGCGGCGAGCCUGUCGCGAACAGUCGCCCUGUCCAUGGAGGACGACGACUGCGCCGGCGGCAACAUCCCGCUCCCCAACGUCGACGCCAAGACCCUCGCCAAGAUCCUCGAGUACCUCAACAAGCACGCGCCCGCGGCCGCCGCCUCCGGUGACAGCACGGAAGCCGCCGCGGCCACCUCAGGCGAAGGCUCGGAAGCCGCCGCGUACGCGUCCAAGUCCAAGGAGGAGGAGGAGAUGAAGAGCUUCGACGCGGAGUUCAUCGACGUGGACCUGACCUUGCUGUACAACCUGUUCAUGGCGGCCAACUACCUGGACAUCAAGGGGCUGCUGGACCUGUGCGCACAGAAGGUGGCCGACAUGAUCAAGGGCAAGAAGCCGGAGGAGGUCCGCGAGAUCUUCGGGAUCAAGAACGACUUCACGCCGGAGGAGGAGGCGGAGAUCCGCAAGGAGAACGCGUGGGCCUUCGAGUAGGAAGGAGAUCGACUUCCCCAAGUUUAAUCUUUAUUUUUGAAAUUAGCUUAAUAUUUAUGUUUUGUUCCGGAUUAGCUUAAUCUUUAUUUUUGUCGUGACUAAUCCUAGUUUCUGUGACUUUUUUACUAUUAGUAUAUACUCUAAAUAAAUAAGUUCAUUGUUGUUUAUUUACGA